UCGUCACAACACGACCGCUUGCCGCCACGGCAGACCGGGGUGCCGCCGCCCGUCGCCAAUCCUUUUCCCGCUGCUUUUUCGCUUCUGUGCUGUUGCCAUGGCGGACGGCGAGCGCUCGCCGCUGCUCUCCGACCCCGGGGAGGCCAGUAACGGUGGAAUAGAGGGAAUGGCGCCCUUCGGGAUGCCGUCUAAACCGCAGGGUUUCCCUGCCUUUCCCAGUGCCCCACAGCCUUCUGUUCUCCCGGGUGAGAACCCACCCCAGUACUCCCCCCUCACGUCCCCUGAGAGCGGCAGCGCCCCAGUCAUCAGCUGCAGGGUGUGUCAGAGUCUUAUCAGCGUGGAGGGCAAGAUCCACCAGCAUGUGGUCAAGUGUGGUGUCUGCAACGAAGCAACACCCAUUAAGAAUGCCCCCGCAGGGAAGAAGUAUGUUCGCUGUCCGUGCAACUGCCUGCUUAUUUGCAAAGUGACAUCCCAGAGGAUUGCCUGUCCCCGACCCUACUGCAAGAGGAUAAUAAAUUUGGGUCCUGUGCAUCCGGGACCAUCAAGCCCAGACCCCCAGCCAGUAGGUGCACGAGUCAUCUGCGGACACUGCAGCAGCACCUUCUUGUGGACAGAAUUUACAGAUAAGACACUUGCCAGGUGUCCCCACUGCAGGAAGGUGUCUUCGAUAGGUCGAAGGUACCCGAGGAGAAGAACCCUGUGGUGUUUCCUGUUGUGUUUGCUCUUCAGUAUGACCACUGCUGGACUGGUGGCCGGUACCUGGAACCAGGCGCAGGUGUACCGGGGCAUCUACGCUUCAUGGGCCGUAAUGCUCAUGCUGGUCUUGUUAAGUCUGGGGCGAGGCCUCUACUGGGCCUGCAUGCGGGUCAGCCAGCCGGUGCAGAGCUUCUCUUAGGACAGUCGAGGUUGUGGGUGGGCGGGCAACGGGAAGCUGAAAAGGAAGAGGGAUGUGGGGAGACAUGUUAGUCAGCAGCGCUAUAAUUUCCCUUGCCCUUUUUCUACUCGGGUGAGAGGAGGCCCUGACCUCCUCCAGUCCUGUCUCCAUCUCACCCUGAAACAUGUCUGCUCUUUUCUCUCACCCUCAAUGUGCCGUCUGCAUCCUAUGAUGUUGUGGGGCUGUAAGGGUAUGGUGAUGUUUGUCAUGUUGCUACCAUCAGCUGGUGCCACUCAGUUCUAAUUCACCCAAGUAAACGUGACAAAUGCUCCAGUUAUAUAUAGUGCAUAGAGAACCGGUGCCCAGCCUACCUAACUCUAUACUUUAUACUCUAACCUUUCCAGUGGUGACGCUGGAUGAACCCAGUUGUUCUUGGAAAUGCGAGCUCCUCCUCGUGUCUCAUCUCUCCCAGGAAUCUUACUGCACGUACAGUGCAACCACACAAAAAACAGCCCUUCGUACAGAAUUAACGCACGUAAUUCAAACUAACCCAUGCAGUCUGGACAGAGUAGCGUACCAAUAUGUUUUACAGUUUACAUACUAAUGUAGUGCAUAUGACUGUGUACAAACUCAUUUGAAAUUAAUUUUUGUGUUCUUAUGUGCAUUUAUAAUGUAUUUUUUUAU